UCUUGAUUUACCACAAUGGCACCGUGAAAGACAAAAGAUUCAUGAAAAUGUACAAAAUGACAGUGUUUUACUUUAAAAAAUACUUUUAAUGUAGUUCCAUCAGGUAAAAGAGAAGUUUUUAAUUUAUUACACUAGAAAUAACUAUAAAAAAAUCAUUAUUUAAAAAAGAAAUAUACAAUUAAACAAUCACUAAACCAAUGACUACACUACACACAAACUACUAGAUUAGACUAGUUAGAAUAUUACACUACACACAGGACACUACACACACACUAUUUGUCACUUGACUUACACUUACACGCAAAAAUUAGUAAAUAUUAAAAAAAGAUAGUACCGGUAUACAAAAAAAUUAAGAAAAAUCAAUUGAACAGUAAAUUAUCAUAGUAAAAUACUAAAUUAGGCUUAGGUUCCCUAACUAAUAAUUUAGUUAAAUAUUAUUAGUUAAUAAGUUAAACGCCAGGAAUUAAUGUCAGGUGGUUACUGGUUAGUUUUUAACUAUCUAUCCUUGAUUUUAAAACUCUUUGCCUUAGUCUUUGACUCUUUAUUAUUAUAAUUAUAUUAUAACUCUCUCAAUCUCAAACUUACUGCGACUAACAACAAAAAAUGGACAAAAUGUUUCAUGACAAUCGUAAUGACAAUGAUGAUAAAUAUGAAUCAGACAUAGGCUGUUUCAGAUUUAGCGGCCCACGUUGACUUUGUUAAGGUUAGGCAUAGGGAUUGAUUUAGGGUUCGGGUUAGGCUUAGGGAUAGAUUUAGGGUUCGGGUUAGGCAUAGGGUUAGAUUUAGGGUUCGGGUUAGGCAUAGUCAUAGGGAUGGAUUUAGGGUUCAGGUUAGGCAUAGGGAUUGAUUUAAGACGUAAAAGUGCGCAUAUGGAAAUAAACGCGGGCCGCGUUCUCUGAAUUUACCCAGACAUAUAUUAUAAUAUGUCAUAUUCAUAUCAUUUAAAAUUAUACAUUUAGUAAUAAUAGUAAUAGUCAUAUGGCAAAUAUUAAUAUUUAUCUUAAAAUAUGAUACUGAAUUUAUUGAUUAUGACACGAAUGGGAUAGAAUGAUCUAAUCAUGGGUGUCACAGUGUCAUGACUAACUAAUGACAACUGAAUCUGUCAAUCUCAUUCGCAAUCAUGACAUUCUUCUCAAUCAAGGAGUCAAUGAUCUCAAUGUGAAUGUCAUGUGAGUGAAUACUGUAUAUAUAGUAUAAUAAUGUCAUGAUUGUCAAGAACAGACAUACUACUCACUGUAAAAUAUGAUUAAAAUAAAUGAUUCAUUUUUUUUAAUUAUUAUUAAGUAAUAACUAUUACUUUACUUAAAACUGUCACUAAUAAGAAGAGUCGUCAACAUCCAGUAUAAAUACUAUAUCAUUAAGUAAGGCUUUGGUCAGAUACGUUGGAUUUGCCUUAUGCUUAAUUAAACUAAAACACUUUGGUACAGAUCAAAUGAAAAAAUCUGUAGAAAAUAGGCCACAGUCACAGAGAUGUAUUAAAUUUACUUAGGGUUGGCCUAUCCUUUUUUUUAUUACCGGUAUUAAUUUUUAAUUCUUGUUUAAGAAACUGUAAAUGUCCAAAUUAUAUUAUGAAUCAGUUUUUAAAUUUUAAAUUAUUGAAAUAGUUAACUUUGUGUCCACAAAGAUUCCAAAAGAAGUUAAAGGUAACUCAUAAAAUAAUGAAUAUUACUCUUUGGACUUAAAACUUCUGAUUAAAUUAAUUAACCUGAAUUUGUGUGAUUUUUUUUUUUCACCGUUUCUUAAAAGUAAGACGUACCUAAUUUCAGUGUGAUCUUUUAAAAAAAAAAUAUUUUUAAAUUCAAUUAAACAGACUUGAGAUUAUUGGUUUUUUUUGGGUUGCUUUUUCGUUGAUGUUACCUAUUUUGGGCUUAGCAAUUAUUUUCUCCAUCUGUUUUAGAUAACUCAAGAAUCUAUGGCAGCUAGCAGGUCAUUACAAAAUACUAGGUCAAAGCAACAUAAAAUAGUCAAAGGAAUUUUCCAGCUCCCAUAUAAGAGUAAGAAUGACACAGUUCAUGGGAAUGACAGUGAUUCUAGUGAAGAGGAAGAAGAGUUUGAUGACAUUUCUCUUUACUUCGGUAACAAUAAUAACUUUGUGUCCUCAAAGAUUCCAAAAGAAGUUAAAGGUAAACCAUAAAAUAUCUUUAAAUCCUCAUGUUUUUGUUUUUUAUAGUCUUAUAUAUAAUGAACUUGUCAAUAUACUUAUUAUCACAGUAAACUGAUGUUCCUGUUCUAUCAAUAGAAUGCUGACUUUGAUUUUGGUGAAGUGCUUUUUACAAUUUCUUGUUGAACAUAGCCCAAAAUGUAUAAGUUAUUUCUGCACGUUUAAAUUCAGAAUUUAAGCAUUUAUGUUGGCAUGUAUCUUUCCAUAGUUGUAAUCACAUCUGAGGAUGGGAGAAGUCAUAAUUGCACUGGAAAAUUCCCUCUUACUCAAGUGUUCUGGCAAGUUGAGGCCCUUGUAGAUAGCCGAGGGUUUCUAAGGCCGCCUCCGGCAUAUACAAUUAUUAAAGAUGAUGAGAUCGUGAGGCAGAAAAACUUGGUGAACAUAUUCCUGAGUGAAUGUUUUUCCAUACUGAAGGAAGAUGAAGAGAGAGAAAAUGCAGUCAAAGCUUGUUUUGAAGCCUUUUGUCAGUAAGUUGUUAGUUUAUUAUUUUUAAGUUUAAAAAAAUAAUUGAAUUUGAAAAUAUAACUCAGCAUCUAUUCCUUGUGGCAUUGUUUAGAACGAAUGAAAAAUGUGCAUCUUGGUAAAUCUUCAUUUAUAUUUUGUGACUGCUGGAUAAAAAAUAACAUUGGUGGUCAUUAUGAUUCUUGCUUCAUAGUCACUCAACCAUAAUGAAAAUAAAAUGAAUAGUUCUCUAUCUAAAAGGAUUACACAAAAUAACUAAAAAUUCUUAAAAAUUUCUUCAUUACAUCCGUUCUGUUGUUUCUUAAAGUUAAAAACCCAUGAAUUUUAAAAACCAAAAUCCCAAUAAUGAAAAGUUUUAAGACUCUGAAUGAACAGAUCUUUAUUUUCUUUUAAAGAAUUACAGGUGAAGACAAAAAUUUAAGCUUUGCCAACCUUGAGAAUAUACUGACUCAGUAUUUGAGAUUUGAAAAAUGCGGAUGUUGCCUGGGGAAGAUUACAAUUACAAAUAUAAGAUUCGGGAAUCAUCAACAAGAGGAUCAUUCAGUGUACAUAAAGAAUCAUGUGAUGGGUUCAGGUAGGUGGACACCCAUUGUGAUACAAAUAAGAGAGUUGCAUUUGAUUGUGAAAGUAAACAAUUUAAAAUGAAGUCCCUAUUGCUAAAAGUCACAAAAUAUCCAUUUUGAGAGAAUAAACUUAAUUCAAACUUGCUAUAAAAUAUGGUAAUUUAUGUGUGUGUGUUUGUUUCCCCAGAAAAGGAAAUUGGGUGAACAUUAUGUUUUUCCCAAUUUAUACAGUGUGUUCAGCUCAACCAGAUCAAUGACAAUAACUGAUUGGUUCGGUAUUGACCUAAAUGUGACUUAAAUAUUUACACCACAAGGAACACAACUGCUGUUUCUUUUAAAGCCAUUGACAUGCUAUUAUUAGGUUUACCCGAGAGCUAGACCUUGUGCGGAGAUACUGAUCUUCCAUCGAGCGUCUUCCAUCGAGCAUCAAAGCCCACAAGCUAUGGCGGGUCCUGUUGGGAACUAGAUUUAGGAGCGUGAAUGCUUUGUAUGGAAAGUUGUUGAUCGUGAGAGUUUUUUUUUUGUGUGCAUGUUGAAGAUCGUGGGGCUAGAUAGUGAGGUCAGAUCGUGGUGUGGAGUUUUGUUGGAUGCUGGAUGUUUGUUAUGAGUGGAGAAGAAAGUACUCUGAGGACAGAGAGUGGUUUAUUAGGUUAUGUUGAAGUGUCAGUCAUCUUGAUUUGCUGUUAAGAAGAAGUUAUUCAUUAUGUGCAACGAGAGACCGACCGAAAGUUUAAAAUGACUUUUGGACGAAACCGAAAAUAGGCAGAAAGUUUAAAAAUGACUUUAGGCCGAAAGUCUAAGUCAAUUUCGGCCGAAACUGAAAAAAAAACCUAAAAGUUAACUUUUCUCUUUUGGCCAAAACUGAAAUUUAGUCAAAAGGCUUAGGUAACUUUCAGUUUCUUCCCAAACUGAAACUUGGUCGAAAGUGAUAAAAGGGCCACUUUCGGCGCCGAAACCGAAGCCGAAAUUCGGUCGGUCUCUAUGUGCAACUAGUUGUUUCUACCCCCGUGUAAUAUUCAAGGAGAACUAUUAAAUAAAGUACUAUGUUAUUUUCACUUCGCAUUUGUUACUUAUUAUAGUGACCAAGUGUGGCCGCUGAUGAAAGCAAUCGUAAGAGAAAAUUCUUUUCCCUAGACAACAAGUAGGGCUUAUAAAACAAUCUGUUCAGUAUCUGCACCUAUUGCGGGAGUUGUUAAUGUGAAGAAGGAAGAUCCUAUCAAACAAAGUCGUAAUAUUAUGAAGAUCAUAAAAGGAACCAGGGAACUAAAAUACCUGGGGUGGACCGAAAUCAGAACCUACUGCCUUGUACGAAGUUCGCAGGGCUGACAACCCAGCCUUGUAAUAAAAAUAAGCGUUACGAAGCCAAACAACAAAAUGAAUUCGGAUUGAUUCUAAUGAUCAUCAUUUAGAUCUGAGUGGAAGGAUGUGGCAAGGCAGGCCAAACCCUUCAUGGACAGUAGCAGCACAGUGAUGGAUGGAUGGGAGCCAGACAGAAUGAUACAAUUUAAAUAGCAGUUGAUUAAUUAUUUAUUUAACACAUAAUUUUAAUGUUGCUCUGUAUUCAGCACUACAUCUGUUCAACAUUUAUGGCCAUGACUGUUUUUUCUAUAAAUGUUGCUCUAACUUCCCAGAAUUAGGUUCCACUGUCUUACUGUCAGCCAGCCACCCCAAGCUGGUUAGAACCUGCUCUCAGCUUUUGCCCUACACUUUUAUGCCUUUUCUGUUCCGGUUGAGAGAUAUCAGCGUGACCAAUACUGUGAACCCUACUGAACUUAUUGAGCUAGCAGACAAAAUGGCCAGAGAGAGACCUUGGGAAUAUGCAUUUAAAGAUGUUAGUGUCAAAUUUUGUGAUUUCUGUUUUAACAGCCAGCUGCAAUAUUUUUUUGAAACACUUUUUAAAAUUUAAUUAAAUGAAAUUUCUUACAUUUUGUAAGCGUUUUGAAUACAUGGUGAACUAUUAAUUUUACGAGCUCAAAAUAUUUAUUUAAAAAAAAAAAAAAAAUGGCUAGAAGUUAGAAGUAGAAGCUUACAAUGUUAACUAUUUUUAUUUCCAGAUUCUUGCUUCCAAGCUCAAAAUUUAUGGCACAGAGGCGAAACGUCAGUUCUACGAACAAGCAGGCUAUCUUGAAAGAACCCCCCAGACAGAAAAGGAUGCCAUCUACAUCUAUGAUGUUCUUAAAGAGGAUUCUAAAAGAAAUGGAAAUAUGUGCAUUGGGUUGAAAAUUAUCAGAAGAAGUAAUUUAUUUGGCAGGUUGCACUACAAUAUCUCCAGCGUAAGCACAGUUUAUUUUAAAGCUUCAAGAGCACAGGAAAUACAUUUUUUUUAAAAAUUUAUGUUUUUUGAGAGAAAAAAUAACUUAUGAAGAUUACUUUCUGGAUAGCUGAGGUGAUCUCAACUUUUCAACUUAUGAAAAUAUGCUCUGUCCCCUAAAAAUCCUUUGCAUCUCAUGGUGUGCAAAUUUUAUCUUGGGAGUGGCUGGCAAUAAGGGAGUAUGCACUGUAACAAUGCAGGUCCAACUGAUAUAAUGGAUCAUCUAUAAACCAAAAUGGAUUAGAGUGUCAUAGGCUAAAAAUAAUACAUUUUAUUGUUGAAAACCAGUGGAUAUUUUUUUUUUUUUUUUUUAAAAGAGUAUAAGUUACCUAAUUAAAUUAUAUUUUAAAAUACAAAAAAAUGAGGGUGGUUAAAUUUCAGAAUAGAAAAAUUUUCUAACUGGAAGAGAAAAAAAAACAUUUUUUUUUUUUUUUUUUAAAAGAGCAUAAGUGACCUAAGUAAAUGAUAUUUUAAGAUACAAAAAAAUGAGGGUGGUGAGAUUUCAGAAUAGAAAAAUUUGCUAACUGGAAGAGAAAAAAAAACAUCAAGCUAGAAUGAAUGAUCGACUAUAUGAGGAGUCCAAUUGCAAACUCUGCUAAGUCCAUUUUUUGAAAAAAAAAAGUUAGUGCCCUUGGCCGCUAUGAAGUACUAUUUCACAAUAUUUUACUAGUUUUUUAAAUCAAAACCCGCUAAGUUCGCUUAUUUCGUUUGUUAAAAAUAUGAUAAUCUUGCAAAACCUGCUAAGUUGCUUUGCCGUUCACUUUCAAACCCUUCUAAGUUACCAGCCCGAUGGCAGUAGUUGUUUUAAACAUUAUUUGUGAAAAAGAACCAAUCACAAUUCAGCUUAGAGGCACAUGACAUUCUUUCGAUAUCAUUGAAGAUAGCUGAACACAACACGAGCUUCAGUACAAUCAGUGAAAACGGUAACAAGUCCCCAAUAAAACUUACAAAAAGAAAAAACUUCAGAUUCAAAGGUAAGUCCAAUAAAAAUAAACUCAGUUCUAAAUUUAUUGAAUGCAAGUUAUUGAAAAUGACAUUUUUAUAUAGGCAUUACAGUGUUGACUGGUCAGACUAAUGCACGGUUAGGACAAAGUUAGUAACUAAGACUUAAGUUAUACGAGACAGUGACACUCGAGAGUCCUGAGACUAGCCUGUGCUGUAGAAUGCUUUUAAAAUGUGCUUAUUCGGAUAACAGCUUCUUUGCCCCAAUGAAAUAAAAUAUUUAGUGAUUUAGUUACUAAUAUCUGUAAUUGUUGCGGUAAACACCUCCCCCUCCACCCCCCUUUCCAAACUGUAAUAUUUUUUAAAAAAUUAAAAAUACUCACAGGUCUAUUCCGGGCCACUUGUUCUAUGUCAAACUAGUUCUGUUUACUGUACUAUAUCAGUAUAUACUAUACCUGAGUUUAAUUUACAUUACUAGGAUUUAGAUAAUUAAAGUUUAAAAUGCAUUAUACAAAGUUGAGUUGGUUUAGAUCAAAUUUUAAUGUUAAUUUUACUUGCCCACAGUAGGGACUGCAAUAAAUAUUUUCCUUAGAAUCUAGGAAUUCAUAUUUUUGUUACUGAUUAAUCUGAUAAAUUGUAUCUUUUAUUUUUCACAGACAUUCACAAAAAUCAGUUGUGCGAGCUGAUUGUAAACACACAAGAAAGGCUGCCUUUCAAUGUGCAGAAUUAACACACACGGACAUGGCAAAUUUCAGUGCUAUGUUUUAUAGUCACACAACUAAAAUUGAUCAGGAUAAUGUUAUAGCAAAGUUUAUUCAAGUUGGAAAGAAACAGACCAAGCAAAAACCGAUAACGGGUAAUGAAAAAAGAAGACGAGUGAGAGAUAUGUUUGAGACAACUUUUUUUUGUUAUGAAUCAGGAAAACAAGGAUACGUGUGUGGAAGGAGUUUUUCCUUAAAUUGUUAGGCCUUGGACGCUCUCGCAUAGAGAAUAUUGCUAAAAAAAUUCAGCUUCGUGGAGAUUUAUUAAAAGAAAAACGAGGGGGAGACAAAAAAAGUAUCCAGUAUGGGCCAAAGAGACAAGCAGUUCACACAUUUUUGAAAGGGCUGAAAGGACGAGAAAGCCACUAUGGAAGACUAAAGUCAAAGAAAAUCUGUCUUCCAUCAGAAAUUUCAUCCAUAAAGCAAUUGUGGAAUAUGUAUUUCUCCAGCAAUGCAGACAAACCCGUCAAAUAUGAAUUUUUUAGAAUAAUAUUUAAAAGAGAUUUUCGAAUUGGAUUUGGCUCACCAAAGACAGAUGCAUGUUCCUUCUGUGAAAGGAGGGGGAAUAAAAUAAGAGCAGAGACAGUACCGGCCAAAAAGCAGAUGCUUAUAACAGAAUUGAGAAUUCAUAAAAUCAGAGCAAAUGCUUUUAUGACUUGCUAAAUGAGAAAAGAGAAGGUUUAAAAAGUUUUCUGUUUUGAUCACCAGCAAAAUCAGGUGCUUUCUAAAGUACCGCAUCAGAUCGCCUAUUGUAGCAGAAAGCUGUACAUAUACAAUUUUACAAUUGUUGAAAUAAAUCUGUCUGGCACACUGAAGCCAGACAAUGUCUUCAUAUCCACAUGGAGAGAGAAUCAGUUAGCAAAAAACAGUUCAUCGUUUGCGAGUGCGCUGUAUUUCAUGCCCUCCAAAACGCCAGCAUGAAUGGAAUUGAUUGUGUCCGUUUUUGAAAUCAGUAAUUGCAGAUUCUGAUCAACCUGGACCUUCCUGUAUUGAUUCAGAAGAAGAAGAGUGUGACCGUCUCUGUGAGGAUCCCCCUGCGGAUAAUGUAUAAAUAUUUUUACCAUAAGCAGGAAGGCGUCCCUACCUUCAAUGCAUUGAUAUUGUUACUCCAAUAGAACCAAAUAAAAUGUAAACCGCUUGGUUUGUUGCCCAGGCAGUAAUAAUGCAUUGAAGUAGUUUGUUGUGACAAUAAUAGAGUAAUUGUAUGUGUUGUGGUCUGUUACUUUGUGUUGUGACAUAGUAAUUGUAUCUGUUGUGGUCUGUUACUUUUGUUGUGAUAUAGUAAUUUUAUGUGUUGUGGUCUGUUACUUUGUGUUAAGGUACCAGAAUAUAAGACUACGGUUCUUCUAAAUCAUGCAGUACAGUUUAAAGAAAAUGUUAAGAGAGCACCCCUCUCUAUGUCUAUUAAUUUUGUUGUGGGCUGUCAAAUUUCCUAAGUGAUUUAAACCACUUUCCAAUACUCCAAGUAUUUUAAUACUCUUUCAAAAGAUGCUAAGUAUGUCAACCAUUUUCAAAACCUGCUAAGUAAUAACUUUAUCUUGCAUUAUAAAUGCAAAAAUUACCAUUUAACUAUAUAUACUAAACAGCUAAUCUUGUAACAGGAAAAAAAAUCAGAAUCCUAGGAUUAGCACAUCAUGGUGUUUUAAAAAAAUGCGUUUUUCUCAAAAUCAUUCUCAAGUGACUUAGCAGGGUUUGCAAUUGGACUCCUCAUAUCAUAUAUGGAGCUGCUGCAGUUGUCACCAGGACAGUGUGUACAAGAAUUUGCCAGUCUGGAUUAAGGUUGUUAAAUGAAAACUGGUUGUCUGUUUUUGGACUGAAAACCAUUUGUUGAUUUUCACUAACCGGCUACUGAAUUUUUUUUUUAUCAUGAUUAAAAAAAUCCACACUCUAUUGGGGAAACAAAUAACUACCACACGCCGCCCUGGAGUUUGGCAUGGGAACUACUUACUACAUGCUGCCCUGGGGUUUGGUGCUUGAACCAAAUUGUGAUAUCAAAAUCUUAUGGGCUAGACAGUGACUUUGGGAUCUGUAAAAUUAAAUUUCUACUUCCACUUACAUUUUAAAAGAUUAUAAAAUUAUGUAAAAUAUUACCUUGUUGUGCAGACAGUGAAAGGCUUUGUAAAAAGAGAAAUCUGGUAUUAAACCAUUUUUAUAAAACCCAAAAUUGGUUUGUAAAAAAAUCUGUUUUUAACAUCUUUAGUCUGGAUUUGGUUUUUCCUGCCAUAAGAGCUGAAAUGAUUUUAGACUGACUUCUGCCUUGAUACAAUUCUAUUGAUAUAAAUGUUUGCUGAAUGUUUAAAAACAAAUUAAUUCAACCUAAUGAUGAAUGGUUUGGAAACAAUAAAUAAUAUUACCAAUAAUUCUCAGAAAAAUGUACUGUUAAAUAAAAAAAUAACAAGUUGAUUUUGUAAGGAUUUUUAAAAAAUAACUUUUUGUUCAUAAAGGAAUUGAAGCAAUUUGAAAGUGUAAAAAAAAUAUUUACUUUAGUAAUCAUGGAUUUUUGUGCAGACAAAAAGAUGGUCGGAUGCAUUGGAUUACCUGGAAAGAAAUAAUGUCAUUAAGAUUGAAGAGUUCAACUUUGAUAGACACAUCUUCUUGAGGGAGAACUGGCAAGCAGAGGUGGACACCGCUAAGGGUUUUGACACAAUUUUGAAGAAAUAUAAGAAAGAUCCUCUGGUCUGGGACAUAGACUUACACAGGUAGCAAUUUACAGCUUUAACUGUUCGUGUUGCAACAAAUUAAAACAUACACAUUUCUAUAAAGUUCAUUUUAAUAACUGGCCCUGAUAUGGUUAAAAUUUUAAUAUUUAUGACCUGAUUGCCAAUCAGUCAGAGUUUGAAUUUGACGAUUGUAAGGAAAUUGAUUUUUUUUAAUCUGGACCAAAACAUUUUGAUUUUUUUUUUUUACCUGAUAAAUCCUAGAAAUGGGAGGUUAAAUCCUAUGCUAAUAAUUACAAUGUAUGGCUAAUCCUUAUCCCAGAUAACUGUCAGUACUUAGGAUACUGUCAUCUCUCAUCACUGAACACAUUUUAAUUUAUGGACUAUCUAUUUCCUACAUAAUAUAUUUAGUGAACAGCUUUGCCUAUUUUUCAGCCCUGAAUUUGCCAGAAUUUGCAAAGACCCAGACCAACUGAGAGCCUCUCAUCUCAUCUGUCAUCUUCCAGUCACUGUGCUGUCGGGCAGGGGAGGUUGCGGUAAAACAACGGUGGUCACAAAGUUGCUCCAACAUUUAUGUGUUAAGUAUGUUGGUGAGACGGCAUGUGUAUCCGAUUAGAUUAGUCACUCAGAUUUCAAAUAGCAGCCAAAAAAAACAAAAUGGUUGUGGAGGGGAGAGCACUAUAUCAAAUUUCCUGCUAAAUUUUUGACAUUUAUGGUUAUGAAAAUGUUUGUUGAAACAAAAAGUCAUAACCAUUGUCAUUAUAUACUUUAACCCUUUCUGCAGCAAAAAAUUGUAUACCUUGUCCCUAGUGACUGUGUGUACACUUAUUAUAAUGGGAAAAAGUGUUUAUGAAGAUUCCUGGCAACUGGGUGGGUUACACCCAUAGUCUUAUAUCACAGUGACUAGCUCUCUUUUUUUUAUAUUUUCUUUUUUUCAAUUUGGCAUGAUUUAGUUGUAGCUUUCCCAGCCAAAGAAAUAUACUGUAAAUUUGAUUGAUCACCCUUGAUUAAAACCAAGCCAGGUGUGGUACUUUGGCAGCUAUCUUGUAAUAUUACAGGUGCUAGCAGACAACAAACGAGUUUUAGUGUAAAUUUCUGAUUUUUCUCAAGCAACAGGUAAGGCUUUGCUUUCAAAUAAGGACACUUGGUAAUUCUCUAUCAGUUUACCCUGAACAGCAAAUAUAAAUAUCUACCCAAGAAGAUCCAGCAAAAGAAGGCUCUGCCCCUAAACGAAUCAGUGUUUUUUGUUCAGACCAGAAACUACACUUAUUAAUAGUUAAUUAUCAGAACAAAAAGCAGAGAAAAAUGUAUUGCUUCUGAGCGCCAUGCACAAUGGCCCAGUCAUAGGAAGUGCAACUGAAUGCAAGAAACCAGAGAUUGCGCUCUACUAAAACAAAACCAAAGGAGGUGUAGACGCCAUGGACCAAAUGGCGAAGGCGUUUUCUGUGAAACGAAAAACUGGAAGGUGUCCAUUGGUUGUGUUUUUUAACAUUGUUGACUUGGCAUCAGUUGCAGGAAGAAUGGUAUUCAAAUAUAAAUAUCCUACCAAAUCACUGUCUCAUGAAGACAACGACUUGAGAUAUCAGCAAUCACACUCUGUCUCCAGGUGUAUUACACCCAGUUGCGGCGGAAAGGGUCCAACACAGGCCAUCUUAUUAUAGAAGCAACGAUUUUACAUAAUAAAUCCUAACAUACUUUGGUAGAAUAAGGAAAGGAAGUGAAAAACUUCUUUAUAAAAUCUAUUUAAAAAAUUCAUUUGAUUUCAUUGAAUUUAGUAAGGAUUAAUUUGCCACUGCACUGUGCUUAUUUCAAGUUUAAAAAAAAAAGUGUAUUAAAAUAAUGUAUACAAAUGUUUAUAUUUCUUUGCUCUCAGAGAAGAAGCAAGACUGAAAGAAGAGAGGGCAAAAGGAGAGCUAAAGGCAUUGAACACAUUUCUUCCAAACAACACAUGUGAAUUCAGUGGCACCUCAUGUGAAAUCAGUGGCACCAUAAGUGGAAUAGGAGGAGAGGUUUCCAAAAGUGAAUAUGACUUGGAGCCGCAAAAUAAAUGUGAGGUUUCUGACUUGAACAAACAAGGCUCCACAAUCUCCAAGGCAGAAGAGUUAAUACCCAAUAGUUCUCUCACUGCUCCUACCAAUCAAAAAUUUGUUUCUAAGUUGGAGAAGAUACGGAAGGAACUGGUAUCUGAUCUGGUCAAAAUUUUGGAGAAUUCAAGAAAAGUUGACGAUCUGGGGUUGAUAGACUUCAAGAGUCAAUUUUUAUUGACUGCCCCCACUGGUAAAUGAUAAUUUAAGAUUAAAAUUUGAUAAAUUUUCAUUUUUUCUUUAACCGUUUUCUCCAAAAUUAUCUCUUAGAAAAUGUGCCAUGGAGGAGGUAAGACAACUUAAAAUAAGACUAGGCCACCCUUAAUAUCAUUUAUAGUUUAUGAUGUUUCCCUUCAACCGUCAUCCACCAACAUCUAACCAUCUAAUGAAGACCCACCUCCCACCAAUACUCACAACCCACCCCCCACUCUCUUCACUCCUUACUCCCACCCUCUCCUGAUCUUUAGCGCUGGCCCCCUCUUUGCCCUCUAAACUGGUCCCCACUUGAUAGCAGUUCACUCAGUGUGUGUAUACUUUAUUAAUAGUCAAUAGAGUAAUAUUUUUACAUGCCUAGCUUACAAGUGGAGCUCUGUGGCUUAGGAUGUCUGAUUUUUGCACUGGAAAAAUACUUCAGCUGUCUUGUAUUUAAAUUGUUGUAGUUUAAAAAUGUUUGUUUUUGCAAGAAUAUGUAUCCAUGUGCAGAAAAUGAAUAUGUUUAAUGUCCAAAAGAAAAUUCCAUUUAUUUUGAUCAAUAAAAGAAUCUUAUUUUAUCUUAUCUUAAAAAUGCUCCUGGUGAUUCUGAAUUGUACCAUUUGGCGAAAAUUAUUUUUCUCAAAUUUUAGUGUGAAGAAAUAUAGAAAAAAAAACAACUUAAUGGAUCUUUUUUUAAAAAUCAAUUUUGUUAGGGAAAGCAGCCAGGUUGCUUGGUUGUAAAGCAAAACUACCCUCUACUACAUUGCACAGUGUGAUUAUGAGCUGGCGAAUGUACUCUAAGAAAAACACAGAUCCUGAGUUUUGGAACUAUGCUGGAGUGAAGGUUAGUUCUGCUGGAGUUAAGGUUAGUUCUUCUGGAGUUAAGGUUAGUUCUGCUGGAGUUAAGGUUAGUUCUUCUGGAGUUAAUGUUAGUUCUUCUGGAGUUAAGGUUAGUUCUUCUGGAGUUAGGUUUUGUUCUGAUGGAGUUGAGGUUACUUUUUUGGAGUUAAGGUUACUUCUGCUGAAGUUAAGGUUACUUAUGUUGGCAUUAAGGCUACUUCUGCUGAAGUCAAGGUUACUUCUGUUGGCAUUAAGGCUAUUUCUGCUGAAGUUAAGGUUACUUUUGUUGGCAUUAAGGCUAUUUCUGCUGAAGUUAAGGUUACUUCUGUUGGCACUAAGGCUAUUUCUGCUGAAGUUAAGGUUACAUCUGUUGGCAUUAAGGCUACUUCUGCUGGAGUUAAGGUUACUUCUGUUGGCAUUAAGGCUACUUCUGCUGGAGUUAAGGUUACUUCUGUUGGCAUUAAGGCUACUUCUGAUGGAGUUAAGGUUACUUCUGUUGGCAUAAGGGCUAUUUCUGCUGGAGUUGAGGUUUGUUCUGCUGAAGUAAAGGUUAUUUCUUCUAGAGAUAAUAUUAGUUCUGAUGGAGUUAAAGUUAGUACCUCUGGAGUUACGGCCAGUCACACAGGUUGCUGUUGCGUCAAUUGGAUAAUCUUACUUUUGUGACUUAUUUUAGUUGGAGCCAAAUUAAAAUAAUUUCAUUUCAAAUUUUACAUUUUUUUAAUUUAAUUCUUUAUACUCGUACCCUAAUGUUAGCUGCUUGUUAUUCUUUGAAGUUUUACUUCAAAUACAACAUACCUUUUGAAUCUGAGAGAAAAAUAUAAAACUGAUCCAAUUGGCUUCUCAGGUCUUGGUUGUUGAUGAGUGCAGUCUUGUGUCUGUCCGCCUGUUUGCCACGGUGUUGAAAAUCCUCUUGGAAAAAGCAAACUUACAGAAGAUAAUUCUGCUGGGAGAUGUCCGACAGUUGCCAUCUAUAGAACCUGGCGAGUUUCUCAAGGUCAGAAAAAACACUGUUUAUAAGUAUACAGUACAGAAUUGUAUUCUGAAAUCAGCUCAAUACAUUUUUUAAUGAAUCGAAAGCAGAAUUUUGUAGAGAUGUGGUGUAAAAUUAACCAAUACUAUGAAGAUUAAAAAAAAAUACAUUGCUUGUUUUGCAUUAAAACAAGAUUUUAAAGGCUGUUUUUGAAAUAACUGAUUGCAGCUUGGGAAAUUCUUGUCUUCUUGUUUAAAAGGAUGUUUUUAAAACUCUACAUUCUUGUGGACAUGGUGAAUUUGGCCUGAGUGUUGAACUCAGACAAAACCACCGCUCCGAGUCUGCCUUGAUCGUAAAGAAUGCUGGAAAGGUAUCCAAUCAAGUGAUGCCGACCUUUGACCCAGCACAAAGAUUCCAUUUAAUAGAAAUCUCAGACAGGGGAGAUGAUGGUGGUUAGUAAUAAAAUAUUUUUGUAAACAAAAUAAAAUUUUUAGUGGAAUAUUGGUGAUGACAAAUUAAUCAUUGGAAUAUUGGUAAUGAUAAAAAUAACCAUAGGUAUAUAUUGGUAAUGACAAAAUUACUCUUCCAUUACAAUUAAUUUUUUUUUUAGGAAUUUGAGCAAAAACAAUGAAAUGAAAAGUAACUAAAAAAAUAUUAUUUUUUUUAAUUAGAAAACUUAAAUUUUGUUGCAAAAUAUUUUCUUUCUCCCAAUAAAUUAUUACUAUAUUGAAAGAAAACUAUCUCCCAAGUUCCAUAACCUUGAAAUACCAUGAUGAUUUCUCAUCUCCUCAGAGCGGGAUCAAAAAAUUCGAGGACUGCUGAGAAAUGCACAAGAUGUCACAUCAGAUGUGGAGUCUCAGUUUGUGUCUUUUAGAAAGUGAGCUCAAUUCCCCCCCCCCCCCCCCCCCCCCCCCUAUAAUAUCUAACCACAAACCACAAAAUAUUAUUUGCCAGGUUCCAUGGUCCACAAGGGGAAACAAUUGUGAAGGGGUUACCCUUUUCAUCUUGGGUCAUAGGCAGUUAGAUUUCUAGGUAAAUCCUGUCAGGUUUGAUUUCCUUUCAAACUAAUGUUUUUUUAAAAUCUCCACUAAAUUUUGUCCCCUUCGUUCCUUAAAUUUAAAAAAUCUGUCCAACCAUAAAUUGCUUUAAAUCCAAUGCCAUUGUCUCCUAUAGCACAGUGAGGUGUUAGUGAACCACCAGCUUAGAUGAAUGCUAAGUGUUAAAAUAUUUUUAGUACAAAAUUAUUUUUGUUUCAGUGCACAUUGCAAAGCUGUCAAUGAGCUGUGCUGCAUGCAUUACAAUGGACACUCCAUCACAACCUCUCAGACAGGGCGGAGAAAAGUGCGCUUGGACUUUCAGAUAGGAGACAAAAUCUGCCUUGGGAAAAACAACCUUGUGACAAAUAGCCGCAGUCAUAUCAUAGAUAAGUAUCUGAAGGAAGAUCCAGAAUUUCAGAAAGCUUUUAAAGAGGCACAACAGAAACUGGCAAGACAGGACAAACGUUCUGUCUGCACAGCCUCACAUAGUUUGUCGGGACUGAAGCUAAAUAAAACUGUCCUGGAUGACACAAGGGCUCUGAAUUUGAUUCUUGGCGAUGACGAGACCUUCAAUACAACGAUAGACAAGAUGAGAGAAGAUGACCUGAGGGUUGAGGAAAACCGAGCAGAACUAGAGAAAAUAGAGCGUCGCAAGCGGGCUGAGAUGAAAAAAGCUGAGUGGACGGCACAAAGGGUUUGUAACUUUUCUUUCUUUUUUAUCUAUAAUCAAAACUGUAUUUUAACUUGGCAAGACAAGACAAACGUUCUGUCUGCACAGCCUCAAUUAUUGUACUAAAAUUAGCUCCACCAUGUUCAGAAUUUGUUCUUGAAUGUUAAUCAUUUCAGUUUCCAACUUGGUAUUGAUUUUAAAUUAAUUUAUUUCUUUAGUUGACAACAAACUGAAUUUUUGGCUGAUUUUUUUUUUUUCCAAAGCCACUAUCUCUUACUUUAAUAAAUGAAAGACUGCGAUCAAGCUGAGUGAAGGAAUCUGAAUUUUUUUACUAAUCAGAUUAUGAAUGUUAUAUAAAGUUUCAAUUUGCAAUUUAUUUAGCGCAUAGUUUUUUUAUUCAUAAUAAUGUUAUUUGAAUAAUAAUAAUAGUACCAGUUGCUUUUCAACUUUGUUGUGCCUAGUCAGUUGAAUCCAUCUGAAUCUUUUGAUUUUGACAGGUUGCUGAUGAAUCGUUAAUUGGAGAGGACAGUGAAAAAUUGUGCAACGGUGAGGUUUUCUUCAUCAUGGAUGUAAGUUUUUGUUUUUUUCCCUCUGCUUAGAUUGUUGAGGCCUUUAGAAACUUAUAUAGAAUCAUAAAUAAUGUUUGAAGUUGGACCGACAGAUCUUAUAUAUCACAUCAAACAACGCUUCUAAAACCUAUGAUUCUAGACUAAUUGUGUACAUCUAUUGUCAUGAGGGCUUAAAAGAUUGCAUCGUUUACACAGAGUCUUCAUAAUAAAAUGAUUCUUUCAUGCUACAGGACCCAUAAAAUGAUUGCUCACCACUAGUUUCCAGACUAUGACCCUAGAAAAAAACUGAAUUGUGAAUCUGACAGGUUAGCUAGCACCUCGUUGAAUGGACCAGAUAAACAAAGUCUGAUCCUUCCAAAUCAUUUAUUUAUAAUUCUUGUUUCAUUUCUGUCCACUGCCAUUUUUCUACUUUGCUGUAGUGCCUCGUAUUUUUCAUUUUUACAAUAAGAAUUCUCCAAGUGGGGUUCAGGGGUGUGAGUAUAGAAUUAAAUGAAAUUUUAAAUUAUGCGUAUAUUUUUACUAUAAAUCAAAUUAAUGGCCAGUGCAAAUAGCUGUAAUGUAUGUUAUAUUUAUUUUAUAUCUCAACAUAUUUCUAUCUAAUAUUAAAUAAUGAGAGAUUAUCGCACCAUGUUUGAGAGCAGCUGUUUGAAUUUUUUUUGGUGAACUAUUAAGUUUGUUUAGUCUUACUUUUUAUCUGUUGUUAAACUUUCAUCUUCAAACUUUGAUUAUGCAUUCAGAACACUUCAAAAUUUCCAAAGUAUUUUCAAUAAAAGGCAUUAAUGAAUUUUUAUGAACCAGCUUAGAAUUUAAUUUGCUCAAAAUUCCCAACAGGAAUUCAAUGAAGUAGACAAGAAUGGAAAACAUAUUAAAUAUUUUGUUCUGUCUGAUCGUGAUCCUGAACUUCCAAGAGUCGUCUGCGUUCCUUUCAAACAGCUGAAAGGAAACUGUAAAAUGAAGCAUUCAUGGGCACGUACCAUACACACCUAUCAGGUAACAUCCAGAACUUGUAUUUUUUUAAUCACACUUUUAAAUCACAUCGACCAGAUAUCAUUUGUUAUACCAGUUCCAAAGUUUAGAGCAGAAGUCGGCAACCUACGGCAGAAAUGGCACCCAGAGCUGUUUUCAAAAGCACAUGGAAUAUCAACAAAUAAUUUAAAAUGACUAAAAAAUAUGGUAGGCUUUUAGAUUGUUGGCACACUCUGAAUGAAUUAGAAAUCCUACUUUGGCACAAUAUUAAAGAAAGUUUGUGGACCUCUGGUAUAGAAUUCUUAUUUCAAAUUUAAAGUCUGUAUGUUUUAAAUCAAGAGAAAAAUAAUUUGAUCUGGCUUGAAUAUCAAUGUGCCGUUAAAUGGCUAUCUACAAAGUGGCCAUUUUAUAUGAUAAUUAUUUCUCGAGGGCUGCCAUUUGAAAGCAAGCUGUUACUUAAUGUGUACUGUUUUGUCAUCAGGGUUCAGAGUCUGGCACUGUUGUGUAUGUACUAGGUCAGGCUAUGCCACAGAACUGGCAACACGUUUACACAGCGAUAACACGUGGCAAAAACUCAGUGUACAUCGUUGGAAGUCACGCUCAACUGCUGACCGCCAUUAAUCGACGAGAGCAGAUACGGCUUUCACGACUACGCCACCGUCUCAAGGAAGCGUUGUUACAAAACAUGGAGUGCAUAGAGGUUGGUUUUUUUUCUUCUGAUUUUACCUUUUUUUAUAAUGGUUUUUUAAUGGUUUAUAAUCAUCAGUAUACUGUUCUGUGGACAUGAUUUUUCUAUUUUACACAAUUGAGGUAUAUCAACUUACAGUGGUUUUUAUAACUUUACAUGAAAUUAACCAGUUUACUUGUCACUAACUACCAUAUUCCAUUUGUAAAUGUUUAGCAGACUGAUGGCUAAAUCAAUAAAUCAAAUGGUAAUUGUGGUGGGGGAGUUCUGUUGUAGUGGUCUUUUGCAUUUCUCCUGAUUUAAGUGAGCUAUAUAAGUAUUCAAUCAAUCAAUCAAUCAAUCAAUUUUGGCCAUAAUAAUCAAAUAAAAUAAUAAUUUGGUGAUGCUUUGAAGACCAGUUUAUAGAGUUCUUUGUUGCAUUUUAAAGAAAAAUUAAAUAAUGAUAUCACCAGAAAAUUUAACUAUUUUUUUCCCCCACUAAAAAAAAAAUAUUUUUUAUUACUGGACCAGUAUUGCUUUUUAUAGCAAAAUGACAAAGUGCUAAAAAUAAUUUAUUUUUUUUUUAAUUUACUUUCUUACUAGAUGUGUAGACAAAAAUUUGUAACUAGUUAUCAACCAGAGUCAACAAGUGACUUCAGCUUUGACUCGGAACAAUGGAGUGAAAGUAUGUUGUUACAGCUUGAGGAAAAAGGUCAGGUUUGGCCACCGCAUAUUUUUUUUUUUAGUUUACUAAUUAAAAAUAUUGUCAUUAAGAAAUGUAGGGUUAGCACCUAGAUCAUCUUAUCACACACUGAAUGGGGUGGUUCUAAUUGGAUUAUCACCUAGAUCUUCACAUUACACAGGAUUAGAAACUAGAUAAAGAUGUUUUUCUCAUAACAUGAACAUUCUGUAGAGCUAAUUGGGUUGGGGACACUGAACACAAUAUAAUGAUUUGCUGCAAAACAAUUAACGUACACACAUUUUGUAAGAUCAGAAGCAGAUAGCAAUCAUCAUUAAGACUAAAUGAAUAGAAUUAUUUGACCCAUGCCCUUAGUGAAAAUGUGUUAACAUUGUGACAUUAUCUACAGUUGAAAUUGAAGCAGAUGUUAACAGACUUAAGGAUGAAAAGGAAGCCACUGCUGACACCAAUCUUGAGAUGAUACAUUGUGAUGCCAAAGAUUCGCUCUUCUGCAAAAGCCCCACUACCCAAAGUGACGAUCCAAACACAAAAAUGUCAGCAGAUGUUAAUGCUGGCAUAAGCUCUGACACUGACACCACUCUGGAUCAUGAAUUUCAUGAUGAUGAAUCAGAGCUUGAGUUAAUGAUGGCUAAUGAUAAGGCUCAAAUGGUAAAUGAAGUUGCUUUGAAUGGUUCUCCUUACAAAACUGAGUUGUCACAAUGUGGUCUGCAGGAUCCUAAUAAAAGAAUUGGAAAACUUUCAACUGAUGUGCAGCUGUCUAGUUCAGCUAAUCAAAUGAUUUCAAAUGAUCCUGAACAUGAAAGCAGUGACUCAGAGAAUGAAUACAGAAUUUUUGAAUCGGUCUCUAGGUCUAAAGCAAGACAAAUCAGAGAAAAAUUAUGUUCACCCUGCAGCUUAUCUGGGCCAUCAAGACCAAGCUCAGCACCAAAAAGAUUGUCUCUAAAAAGCUCCACAGACUUCAGUCUCUCACCAAAACAUGAAGUAUCUAGGCCAUAUUUAAAUGUCACUCCACCACGCAGUUCCCCAGUUUCUACAGAAAAAACCGCUUGUUUGACAUCACCUCCCAAGAGGGCCUGUGUGGACACACCAUUUCGUGACUCUUUCACCAGUUCAAUGAGUCUACAUGAUGAUCAUGAUGAUGAAGUAGAGGAUGGUGAUGAGUCUCCACGGCCAAGAAAGACUCCAAAUGUUUGCAGGAAGCUGUAAUGUCAGACUUGUUUUUAAUAUACUUAUGUUUCCUUUUUUUUUUUAAUUCAAAGACUGGUAAAAUGUGGGGGAACUCUAUACUGAGACAAUUUUUUUUAAAAUUACGAGAUAUGUUUAGAUGAAGCAAUAUAUUGCAGACAAUAAUGUGUGAAUGAGGAAAUAAAACCAAUUAUUGAAAAACUAGUUUGACUGAAUGACAAUACUUAAAAUAAUGUUCUGCUCACAUGAAAUGUAUGGAUCACAUGAAAUGUAUGGAUCUGUGCAAUAGUUUGACACAAGAUGAUAGUCACAGGCUGGCUGCUCUGAUUGUGGGGUUCAUAUACAAGCUUUUAGCAAACCAGCUUUCCUCGGGGAAGAAAGGGGUUUGUGUACAUAUGAAAGCUCUAUUCAGGCAUUUUUGUUCAAAUGCCAUGAGGUGGCCAUAUUCAAUGUACCAGUAAAUAGUUUUAAAUUUAGAUUAUCACUGCCACACCUCUUAGAUGACUAAAUUUGUGUUUUAAAAAUAUGUGAAGUACCCCCUUUGGUCUUGUUUCUUAAGUGAGGAAAUGGUACAACUUUGAUUUGUAUUAUUGACUGUUCCUUUCUUUGACCAGACCUAUAAUUGUAUGACAUUUUACAGUCAUUUAAAAAGUAAAAAACUAGUUCACAAACAGGACCCUUUUUUUUUUAAUGAUCUGUCCGUUUGCUAUAAAAAAAAAAAGUAUGUAAAUUAUUUGGUUAGUUAAAGAAUAAUGAACUAGAGCAGCUGAUAUCAAAUCAAUGUUCUUUAAAACAUAAAAUUUACAAGCCACCAAAAUCC